AUGCAUAAUCAAGAUGUCGAUUUAGAUGAAAUUGCUGAUAAAAAAAUAAAUUUAGAAAAAUGGUAAAAUGAUUUAAAAAAUAUUAAAAUAUCAAAAUAUGAUAUGAAUAAAUUAGUAAUGAAUUUUUUUUUAAUUGAAGGAUAUAAAGAAGCAGCUUAAAGAUUUUAAGAAGAAACCUAAACAGAAAUUAGUAAUUUUGAUUUAAAUUCAAUAUAGCCAAGAAUAAAUAUAAGAUAAUUAAUAUUAAAUGGUCAAAUAGAUGAAGCAAUAAAUGAACUAAAUAAUUUUAAUUAAAAAAUUUUAUUAGAAAAUAAAGACAUAAAUUUUAGCAUAAAAUUAUAAAAAUGUAUUGAAUUAAUUAAAAAAAAUGAAAUAGAUUCUGCAAUUAAUUACGCAUAAUAGGAAUUAUUAACAUUA